CCCUGCCUGAGUCCGUAAGGCCUACAAGUAUCCUAAAAGAACACUGCGCUGCACAUCAUUAAGCUUUCAAGAUGAAUAUAUUCCUUCCUGUGCCAGUGCGAUCCCCCAAAUCGCAUCCAAGUAAGGAAGAGAUGAGGUGCCCAUCACCAGAACUUGCAAGGAUGCAUUUGAUCAAAGGCAAAGAUGCCAUAGAUCGUUAUUUGGCCGUGCAUAUCAAAGGAUUGUCAAAACAAGAGGCUGCUGCUUACCGGAAUUCAUACAAGAAGAACAUCUGCAUAGACAUGCUGCGACAGGGUUAUCACAAGUCUUUCGCCGAGCUCUUUACUCUGAUAGACCACUGGAAUGCCUUGAGGGAGGCUGCAGGGCCUGGGUCAGCCAUAUGGCUGGAGAAGUCCCUGGCGGAACAGCCUGAUAAACUGGAUCAGCUUCACCACUUCCUGACCAGGGCUGAGGCAGCCCUACGAUCAGAAUUCUAUGAUGAGGUGUACAUAAACCAGCUGAAUUUGGCCUAUUGCUUCAACAAACCAGAAGACAGAUGGCUAAGGAAUUACUUCUAUGAACAAAGCUACAAAACUGCUCAGCUGAUUAAAAUAGAUGGUGGAAGGAGAGAAGCUGAAGCACAUUCAAAUAUGGGCCUUGUUUAUGAGGAGGAAGGUCAGUUCCUGAAAGCCGUAGAACAUUAUGAAGCAUUCUAUCAACUGACAGUGGGACGGAUAUGGAAAGAUGAUACAGGCAAGACUCUCACUUCACUAGCCUGUGAGCAUCUCUGGAGAAUUUACACAUUACUAGCAAAAAAAAUGCUAGGAAAUAAAGAACACCAACAGGCCAUCAAAACUCUAAUAAAAGCACUUGAAAUGGCAAAAGAAGCGGGGAACAAAAAGAUGGAAGGAGAAGCUGCCUACUGUUUGGGUCUAGCAUAUCAUACAGUUGGAGAAGAACAGACAGCAAUAGAAAAGCUAAAUACUUAUCUGGAAAUAUCCAAACUACUGGGAGAUUUUGCUGGUUUAGGGAGAGCAUAUCAGGCUAUAGCUCAGGUCCUGGUAAGUCUUGGAGAAGUGGAGGAAGCUAUUAACUACAUGGAAAAGUUUAUGCUUAUUGCCAACAAAGUUAACCUUGGCCCAAGUAAAGUAGAUGCAUGUACAUUCCUUGGAAAUAUUUACAACCAAAGAGGUAACUACUCCAAGGCCUGCGAAUAUUUUGAUCAGGCAUUUGAUACAGCAAAUGCUCUUUCGGACUGGGCUCUAGUGAGCGAGGCAAAGGUAUAUUGUGGCAUUGGGAAAGCUCAUAACAUGAUGCUGAAAUAUAACAGUCGUACAGAAGCUGCAGAUUACGCCAACAUCAAGUACCUGGUGGCCUGGAAGGAGAACCGAACUGACAUGUUCACUGACCCUUUUCCAGUUGGUGGCAAGACAGAAGAAAAGGUUGAACGUGUACUUGGAUCCACUCCUGCUUCAGACAUUGUCUGAGCUAUGGGAGAGCUUCUGAAGCUGAUGAAUGAGUUUAAGAAGAUACUUAUUAGGAGAAGCACAAUGAAAGUUUGCAUUUCAUUUUGGAACGUUAAUAGGGGAGCACAUGGCAAGUAUAAUCAGAUACAUGUUUUAAUGUGUGUUAUCUUUCAUGUCCACAAUUGUCAACAUACAGCAGCACAUUAAAAGAAUUCCAGAAGAAGAUUACUUUUUAUUCAUUGCCUAACUGGCACCUUAUUCUACAAGGUGACCCCCAGUUAACUGCUUGGUGCCUUCAUUUCCAUCAAAAAUGAAUGAAUGCGAUGGAUUUGUCCGACUAGAUACUGUAAAGAACAUUAAAUAUAUUCUCAGGUGUACAUGUGUCAAGUAACUGGUUUGCAUUUUGUCCGUUAGGAUUAUAGCUGGUGCUGCCUCGGAACUUACCAAGUGAAGUUCACAAUGAUCUCCUGGAUUCUCUCCUUCAGCAGCACAGAAAAAAGCUUUGCUGCACAUACAUCUCCCCUGCAUCUGUGACAUGCUCAUGGGUGGCUGCAGACUUUAGAAACCUUAUGGGAAUUGCUUCCAUUGCAGGGUGUCCAGACUCGGUGCUCUGCCUUUUGUCCCCUCUUGCCCCUCUUGAGAACAACUCAAAACAUAUCAUUUGGCUGCUCUGUAGGACGUUGGUGUAGAAUGACCCCAGCCAAUCAGGCCCAUAAGAGGAGGAUGGGAAGGAACAAGCACCUCUCCCAACACAGGGGAUUCAAAGCAGCACAAUUUCUUGUUGCUGCUUUGCAGCACCUUCCUUGUGCUUUUGAUUUAAAUUUAGACCUAGUGCAAAAAAAGAUAAUGAGUGAGCAGCAUGACCAGUCAUUGGUAAGGAAGUAGAGAAGCCCCUCCCCUUUCCAUGUUAUCUCUCCCCUGAUUUCUUCUUUCCUGUUAUUUCUCAGAGCGCCCCCCCCCAAUUUGGUCAGGCCCAUUCAUUGGAGCUUCUGCACUGCAAGACUUCCUGGCAGGGGUAGAGGUGGGGGGGGGGGUUUCAGACUGAGGGCCACAUUUCCUUCUGGACAAUCUUUCAGGGGCCGUAUGCCACUGGUGAGAAGGGCCAGAAGCAAAAGUGGAUGGAGAAAUACAUGUAAAUUUUACCUUUCUAUAGUCGACAUACCCCUCUCUAUAUCCUCCACCCAGGGAAACAAGGGCCAUCACAUCCCAGCAAGGCAAAUAACACUCAAGAAGGAUGUGAAGCAAGGCUGGUGGGAGAGGCAGGUGCCUGAAGAGGAGUGUGUCUUGGAGAGAAUCUUAAGAGACAAGUAGAGAGGCCUGGAACAACACAUUUGGCUCCCAGGCCUGAGGUUCCCCACCUCUGCUUCAUGGGCAUAGCCAGAAUUUUUUGUUAAGGGGGCAGAACCAAUGUGAUUGGCCAGUUAGUUAAGUAUUUCUACUGUUUUACUUGAUCAGGGAGGAGGGGGCACCUAUGCCCAUGCUCUGCUUUCUGGCAAAACUGCUCCAUUCCCAAAAAUAUAUUUGUCCCAAUAAGGAAAGCACUCAACAUCAAUGUUCUGAUUUUGCAGGGUAUGUGCAUAUGCAUGUGUUUCAUUCCAGAAGGGGAAGGGGGAAGUGUGUGCGUCUUUAAGUCAGACCUGGUACUAAAAAACAAUGGUCAAUCCCUGAAGAAAAAGCAAUUCUCUAAUAACUUGAGAGCGGGGAGUAGAGCUCAGCUGCAUCAGGCAACUCAAGUGGGUGGGUGGGCAUGUCAUGGAACUGGCAGGAAGACAGGAAGGGGGAAGAGGAAAGGAUCCUAAGGAGGCGGGUGUAGCCGGGACUGGGACACACCAGAGCAAGAAGGGGAUGACGACGGAAGUACUGACAGGCUGACAGAGGAUGGCGAAGGGGUGGGGAUCAGUGCACAGGAACCAGAGGAGCAGGAGCCAGAGCCAGAGCGGCCCCUGUCUCCAUUAACAAGGCAAGCUCAAGGAGGCUGAGGCAGGCAAGGGCCCACAGCCCAGCUCCCUAGCUGGCCAGGUGGAGCUCGCUAGCUCUGGCAGGAGAGAUGUGAUUCCUCAGCUGGCUUGGAACAGGUGAGGGUCACGUGCCUCAUCAAGCGCAGGUGCUGCAAUCAGUGUGCAAAGGGCAAAAGGGAAGCAGAGCUGAGGUGCUUUAUUUGCUCAACUGCCCAUGUUGGACCUUGGCUUGGAUGCACCUGGACUUCUAUGGGACUGUGCUUCGGGUUUGACUCUGGACUGUAUCCUGACUGCUGGACUUCAGACAUGGCUACUUGGAUUGACCCUGGACUGUGUUUCCUGACCUUUAGACUUUGCUUUUGUGGAUUGACCCUUGGACUUUGGACCUGGAAUACUGACAGGUAGGCCAGGGGUUCGGGACAGGGGGCAUCAAAAGCAGCCCUGUCCUCCUCCCAUACAUUUUGUCUUUCGUGCCUUCUUUCCCUGAGUUUGCUUUGUCCUAGUCCUAGGAGCUUCUGCAUUGCAUGCCCUUUAGGCAAAGAAUGAUCUUCCAUUCUGAAAGAUAAUAAGUAAAGCCUCUUGUACCUGUUUGCUGCUUUGCAGGGAGAAGGGGGAAUGAAAAAGAGAAAAGUGCGUAUGUGCAUGUGUAUGUAUUCUUCUAUUCUCUUCUAUUGAGUGGGAGACGGGAGACAAGGAAUAUGAAGUAGCUUUAGGCAGAGCAAUGUUUACUCUGAUGUGCAUGAGACCCAUAAAACAGACAAAAUGGCCAACUCUUGGACCCUGCACUCUGCUCUUUGUGUGGAAGCUGGUCCUUCCAAAUAUAGUGGUACCUCGGUUUAAGUACACAAUUGGUUCCAGAAGUCUGUACUUAACCUGAAGCGUACUUAACCUGAAGCGAACUUUCCCAUUGAAAGUAAUGGAAAGUGGAUUAAUCUGUUCCAGACGGUCCGCGGAGUACUUAAACUGAAGUGUACUUAACCUGAAGCAAACUUUCCCAUUGAAAGUAAUGGAAAGUGGAUUAAUCCGUUCAGACGGGUCCGCGGAGUACUCAACCUGAAGCAUACUUAACACAAAGUAUGAGUGUAAUUGGUUCUGGAAGUCCGUACUUAACCUUAAGUGAACUUUCCCAUUGAAAGUAAUGGAAAGUGGAUUAAUCCGUUCCAGACGGGUCCACGGAGUACUUAAACUGAAAGUACUCAAACCGAACCAAUACUUAAACCGAGGUAUGACUGUACAUCCUCAAGCAGAAUAUGAGAUAAUUCAUUUGUUGAUGCUUCUCAGUGAAAAAUUACAGGCUAUAAAUACAUUACAAAGGACAUGAAACAGGCAGAGUAAAGUACUUCUGAGACCUGUUUGUGUAAAUGGAAGAGUGAGUUAUGCAUAGGCCACGUGAGCAAGGAAGACUCCUGAACACAGUGGCUUACUUCUGAGGAAAGAGGUGUUGGAAUGUGUUGUCAGGACAGAUGAACAACCAUCAUUUAAUAUAUGUUUGUGUGUGAUACCUCUUGAUAGACUGAGAAGCCUGUGAAUGUCUUGGGUUUUUGGUUGAGAUGAUCUGGCUCUGUUGCAUGCCCACCCAGUUUCAGUCAGUUGCCAAAUCUGGUUACUCCUGCUUGCAGCAGAAUUCCUUGUUGUGGUUCCAAUGUUUCAAGGCCUAAAUCUGCCUCUGACUACUGUUAGCUGCCCUGGCGGCCGGGCCCUCCACCCCAGUGGACCCCAGCUGCCAUGGCUCAAGAGCUUUGUGGAAAUUACAGAUUUUGAUGAACUGGUCCUCUUGCUUUUACUUUGCUUCUCCCACAGUCCAUUGUGAGAAAAGAGCAUUGCCAGUGUAUUCAAAACCUGACAAUACAUUUGGUGGUGAUGGCUGAAGAAAUGCCUGAGGUGAUAAUAUCUAAGCAGAAGAGAGCCAAGAUUUAUGACUUCAAAAAUGACUCCUGUCAGCCUGCUGUUCUUGGAGAACUCUGAGCUAACACACACUAAAUGCUCUGAGAGGGAUGUAAACACAAAACACACUUGCUCAUGCAUAUUUUUCAGUAAUGUUAAUAUAAAUGACAAACUCUUAUCAAGGGAAAAUUGGUUCCUUUGUGGUUCCAUAUAAAGUUUAAGCAUUUGUCUGUAAACUGUGCAGAUUUCCAUAAUAACAGUAAAUAGAUCCCUAACUGUGACAAAUACUUUCAAAACAUUGCAAUGGUGGACUAAUAUGCCAACCUUGCUGUGUUGGAAGCUUGCUGGGAUAGCUUAGAUGUCAGGCUGAGUGUUCCACAGCAAACACCUUUCUGAGAACCUUGAGGAGUCUGGAAGGGGAGCAAAAAAGCAAGACCUGUUUGGAAGCCAAAGUCUACAUAUUAAUUUCAAUUUGUGCACUCCGCGUAUGACUUAGCUGGAUCUUCCCCACUGUUUUUACAUGAAAGACCAAAUCAAAUUGGAGGAGCAGUGUAUCCUCAGUGAGAUAAAGCAUUAUUAUGGGUUUGGUGGGGGGGUGAGUCUGGAUGAUAUUUGUGGGUCUCUUCCGAACUUGUGAUGCUGUGUAUCUGAGGGCAAAAUCUAUAAUGGGAAACCAGCCAUACCUAUUCCCUUGUUAUGGCAACAGCCUUAGCUGGCCAGUUAAGUACUGUUGUUUACAUUACCUAUUGCAGUUGGUUGAUUCUACAGCCUUUUCUUCCAUGACAUAAAGGACGCUUCUAAAAUGCUUGUCAGGGAGUAUUCAAGGAAAAGAAGGGUAAAUGGCAAUUAUUCCUUCCCACCCACCACCUACCCAAGAUCCAAGUUUCUUAAUAGCAAGCCUAGGGAAGAAUGUUUGUAUCUGCAUCUCACCCACCCACCUGGAGACUUUUGCACGCAUCCCCUCUCUCAAGAAGCAGAAAUGAGGAUGGGGCAGAAGUAAGUAAUUGUGUUCAACGGGGCACCCAUGACUCUGCACCAGCCUGACUCAUUUCUGCCUCUUGGCCUCCCUCACCCACCCCUCCUGCUUCAGCUUCUGCCUCCGAUUCUGGACUUCUUUCAACCCAUAGCUGUCAACUUUCCCCUUUUUUUUGCUGGAAAUUCCCUUAUUCCAGCACCGUUUCCCACUGCUAUCCUGGAUUGUUAGAUAUACCGUAGACUGUCCCCAGGACAGGUGAGGCUGCUGAUCCCUUAUUUUCAAAUCCGAAAGUUGACAGCUAAUGUUUCAACCACAGGCUUUCCCAG